UUGUUAUUCGGGUCUGUCCCGGAAGUGAUUUCCGGUUUCUCUGCUGUACCUGGUGAUUCUGUGGAGGUCAGAGAGAGAGUAAACAGUCAUGGGCGGGGAUCACAGCCACAGCAAGCUGUCCAUGCCGGACUACAAGACGUGGAAAUGGGAGGGGACUCCUCUGGAGCUGACCCAGCAGCGGCUCGCUCGGAGAGGACUGAAGGACCCUUGGGCGAGGAACGAGGCGUGGAGGUACAGCUUCGGCCCCCCGGUCACCUUCCGUGAAGUGCUCUUGCGUGGAUUUAGAACCGGAUUCAUCGCAUUCGCAGUGGCCCUGGCUGUCGAGUACACGUUCUUCCCUCCGAAGAAGUCGGAGCACUGAGGGCAGAGCACACACUCACUCACCCGCACAAGACACCUGAAGCCCUGAAGAGACACUGAACCAUCAGACUCUCAUGUUCACUGCAGGUUAAUAAGCCACCUGUAAUAUUCCGACGUGCUGUAGUGACGUUUCCACUGUAUGAGAAAUAAACACGUUAUUUCUGCCA